CCGACCCUCUACGGCCUGACGUCCCCAGUUCCCUCUCCUCCCCAUCCAUCCCACCGUCAAUCAGCGACAACAUCCGACAAGAUGGCCAAGUCCAAGAACGCGUCCCAGCACCACAACAGCCAGAAGGCUCACCGUAACGGUAUCAAGAAGCCCAAGACCAACCGUUACCCCUCCCUCAAGGGUGUUGACCCCAAGUUCCGCCGCAACCACCGUCACGCUCUCCACGGCACCAUGAAGGCCCUUAAGGAGCGCAAGGAGGGCAAGCGCGAGAUCGCAUAG